GAGGAGGGGCGGCCGCCGCCGCGGGGCUGCGCCGGGAUCUCCUUCCCCGGUUUCCUUUCGCUUCGGCGGGCGCGCCGCGCCGGGCUCACCUGGCAGGGCACGCCUGGGCCGGGCCGGCCGCGCCCGCCCAGCCCCGCGGGCUGCCUGCGGCAGGAGCGGCGAUGGUGCCGGUGUGCGGCGGGGUCUGCGCCCGCCGCCUGCUGCCGGUGGUGGCGGCCGGCCGGGGGCCGCUCCCGCUCGCCGUCACCCGGGCCCGCAGCAGCCAGGCGGGGAGCGCCGCCCCGGCCAUCAAGAAGCGAGGGUACGACAUCACCAGGAACCCCCACCUCAACAAGGAGAAAUAUGAUUUCCAGCAACUUUUCAAGAGAGACUUCCAGAGCAUCUCAGAGCCUGAGGGAAUGGCUUUUACACUUGAAGAAAGGCUACAGCUGGGCAUUCAUGGCCUCCUUCCUCCUUGUUUCCUGAGCCAAGACGUUCAACUCCUUCGUGUGAUGAAAAACUUUGAAAAGCAAUCUAAUGAUCUAGACAAGUAUAUUAUUCUUAUGACAUUGCAAGACAGGAAUGAGAAGCUUUUUUACCGAGUGCUGACCUCUGAUAUUGAGAAAUUCAUGCCCAUAGUUUACACCCCAACAGUUGGCCUGGCUUGUCAGCAGUAUGGUUUGGCUUUCAGGAGACCACGGGGAUUGUUUAUCACCAUCCAUGACAGAGGCCAUAUUGCAACAAUGCUAAACUCUUGGCCUGAAGAAAAUGUUAAGGCUAUUGUGGUGACAGAUGGAGAGAGGAUUCUUGGUUUAGGAGACCUAGGAAGUUACGGCAUGGGCAUCCCAGUUGGAAAGCUUGCUUUGUACACAGCUUGUGGUGGAGUCAACCCACAGCAAUGUCUCCCUGUCCUACUGGAUGUUGGCACAGACAACGAGGCUCUCCUGAAUGAUCCACUGUAUAUUGGACUGAAACACAAGAGGGUUCGUGGGAAACAGUACGACGAACUGAUUGAUGAGUUUAUGCAGGCAGUUACCAACAAGUAUGGCAUGAAUUGCCUGAUCCAGUUUGAAGAUUUUGCCAAUGCUAACGCUUUUCGUCUCCUCAAUAAAUACCGCAACAAAUACUGUACAUUCAAUGAUGAUAUUCAGGGCACAGCAUCUGUUGCAGUCGCUGGCCUCAUUGCAGCCUUAAGGAUCACAAAGAACAAGCUCUCUGACCAGAAGUUUGUUUUCCAGGGAGCUGGAGAGGCUGCCAUGGGCAUAGCUCAUCUCAUCCUCAUGGCCAUGGAAAAGGAAGGAGUUUCACGAGAGGAUGCCAUCAAAAAAAUUUGGAUGGUGGACUCCAAGGGACUGAUUGUGAAGGGCAGGAGUCACCUGAACCAUGAGAAAGAAAUGUUUGCUCAGGACCACCCUGGUGUAGACACACUGGAAGAGGUUGUGCAGAAAGUUAAGCCUACAGCAGUUAUAGGUGUGGCGGCUGUUGCAGGAGCUUUCACUGAGAAGCUGCUGAAGGACAUGGCAGCCUUCAAUGAGAGGCCCAUCGUGUUCGCCCUGAGCAACCCCACGAGCAAAGCAGAGUGCACAGCAGAGCAGUGCUACCGCCUCACCCAGGGCCGGGGAAUAUUUGCAAGUGGGAGUCCGUUCCCAAAGGUAACCCUGCCCAAUGGACAGACCUUCUUCCCUGGCCAAGGAAACAACGCCUACGUCUUCCCAGGAGUGGCUCUGGGAGUCAUUGCCAGCGGGGUCCGGCACAUCUCUGAUGAAAUCUUCCUCAUCACAGCAGAGGCUAUUGCUGCCGAGGUGACAGAGCAGCAUCUUGCAGAAGGAAGACUCUAUCCCCCCUUGGACACCAUCAGAGAAGUGUCUCUCAAAAUUGCUGUGAAAAUUGUUGACUGGGCCUACAAGCAUGGCCUCGCUUCUUCGUACCCUGAGCCAGCAGACAAGGAAACCUUUGUGAAACAGCUCAUGUACAGCUCUGACUAUGAUUCUUUUGUUUUUGAUGAUUACAGGUGGCCCCCUGCAGCCAUGCAAACACAAAGUAUAUAAGGUUUUGUGAGAAUUGUUCUCUCAUUUUGCCAUCAGUUCCUGUGGCCCAUGUCAUUGCUGAUAUAGCACACUUCCAGGCUUGCAGAAUGAUAAAAGUAAAUUAAUCCAAGUUGGUUUUUA